AUGCGAUCCUCAGAUGAUCAGGGUAGCUCUUCUAAACCCUUUCGCUCGUUUGGCCUUUCAAUAUUCAGAAAAAUGCGUGAAAAAGUUCGUUCCACGGAGGGCAUUCAUGAAUCUGGUAACGCAGAUGUUGAGUUAUUUCAGAAACAGGUCACAGAACGAUUCCAUGAGUUGUCUAUUGUUAGUGCUGAAGGAUUACUGUCUGUUGAAUGGAUUAAGAAUCUUUUGGAUGUUUUUAUGAGUUGCCAGGAAGAAUUUAGGGUAAUUUUGUUAAAGAACAGAGACCAAGUCUUGAAAUCCCCUCUGGAUAAAAUGAUUUCUGAUUUCUUUGAGAGUAGUCUGAAGGCCCUUGAUAUAUGUAAUGUAACUCGUGAUGGGAUUGAGAAUCUUCGUUCAUGGCAGAAACAAUUGGAGAUUGUUCAGUGUGCGUUGCAUUCUCCGCAGAGGGUGGUGGGUGAGUCUCAUUUCCGACGGGCAAGAAAAGCUUUAGGUGACUUGGAGCUUGCAAUGCUUGAAUUGAAGCAAUCUGUAUCAGUUUCAUCACAAAGGAACCGGUCGUUUGGGCGUCAUGGCUCAAGCUCAAGCUCAAGCAGGGGUCGUAGUAGUUCGCACCCAUCAGGGCAUUCACGUUCUCUUUCAUGGAGUGUUUCUCAAUCUUGGUCAGCAGCUAAGCAACUUAAAUCAAUGUCCAGCAACUUGGUGACACCUCGUGCAAAGGAAGUUAUGGCAACAAAUGGACUGGCAGUUCUUGUUUUCACCAUGAAAUCUGUUCUCUUGAUUGUCCUGUGGACUCUUGUUGCAGCUAUCCCUUGCCCGGAUAGGGGCCUUAAUAUUCACUUUCAUAUCCCAGAAAAUUUCUCAUGGGCUGCACCGAUGCUCCAAAUUUAUGAGAGGAUUAUGGAGGAGUCGAAGAAGAGAGAAAGGCGGAACUCUAAUGGAUUGUUGAAGGAAAUUUAUCAGUAUGAGAGAUGUACACGUCGCCUGAUAGACUUGAUUGACGUAGCUCGAUUUCCGCUGACAGAGGAACAGAAGACAGAAGUUGAGCAGGGAGUGCAAGAGUUAGAUAUGGUUUGUGAAAUUUAUCAGAAUAGUUUGGAACCAUUGCAGCGCCAAGUGAGGGAAGAAGUCUUUAGUAAAAUCGUGAGUUGCCGAAAUGAGGGUCUUGCAAUCUUAGCUAGGAUGAAGAUUGUUUUGAUAUUGGUUAGCAACAAUAAGAGGUUUUGCAGGGUGGAAAGAGUAAGGAAAUCCAGUCGUCUACAAGUGAGUAGGCAAGCAAAGAACUUGCAAAAAUUGACUCCCAUAACUGGUGAGAGCCACAUACAGAACAAAAAAAAAAAUCAUGCGGAGAGAUGGGAGCAAAUUUGGGGUCUGGAGGCAGAUAGAGCGAGAAAAGACAUGUUGACUGACCAUAACGUAACUGGUUACCGGUAA